CCGCUUUCAGACAAGUAGCUAAGUCGUCUUAAUCCAGCGACGAAAACUCUUGCGCUAGGAGAAAGGCUCAAUCCCCUCGCUUUGUCGCCCCUAUCUCGUUAGCCUCUCCUUCUUCCUCAAUAGCUGCCUUAGUUUAGUCUUUGGUUGGUGUGCGACUAUGAGCUUCUGGGCCUGUACGAUUUCCUGUCCGAAAAGGCAAUCCUGUACAGGAAGGGCCAAUGGCAACGUCCCGCCGGUUCGUCUCCGGGCACCGUGCACUCCCGCAGCAUCCCCAAAUUACAUAUUAUGGUGGAGUCUAAACUGUUGCGCUCACUUAGCUAGGGCUCUUAGCUUCGGGUGAGAGGGCCUUCGAUUUGGAUUAUUUUUCUUGAGGGGGAUUCUGUCUGUCAGAAAUCACUGUCUGUCUGGUCUGCAUUAAAAAAUAAAGUGUUCAGUGGACAAUUCCUUCUCUUGAUAUGGAGGUUUUAGGUCUCUGGAGGGGCCUUCUUUCUUUCUGGAUCAAGGUUAGUUUUCGUUUGUGAAUCUUUCUCCCAUGCAUAAUUUGUUGGUCAACAACCACAACUCAAUAGAAUUCAUUCUUUAAGACUUCAGACAGAAAGAGAGUCCGGAGGGAAUCAUUGUUUAUCAAUCAAUCAUGCCUCAACUGGAUAAAUUCACUUAUUUCACACAAUUCUUCUGGUCAUGCCUUUUCCUCUUUACUUUCUAUAUUCCCAUAUGCAAUGAUGGAGAUGGAGUACUGGGGAUCAGCAGAAUUCUCAAACUACGGAACCAACUGGUUUCAAACCGGGGGAACAAAAUCCGGAGCAACGACCCCAACAGUUUGGAAGAUAUCUUUAGAAAAGGUUUUAGCACCGGUGUAUCCUAUAUGUACUCUAGUUUAUUCGAAGUAUCCCAAUGGUGUAACGCCGUCGACUUAUUGGGAAAUAGGAGUAAAAUAACUUUUCUCUCUUGUUUCGGAGAAAUAAGUGGCUCACGAGGAAUGGAAAGAAACAUAUUAUAUUUGAUCUCGAAGUCCUUAUACGACGCUUCUUCUUCAAACCCUAAAUGAG